CCAAAAAAAAUAAUUAUGAACGCUAGUUCGUCCGUAAAAAGCGAUACUCAACCUGCCCCGCCUCCAACCGACGACUUUGAUGAUCUGUAUUGGCGCAUCAAGUAUGGCGCCGGCGGAGAACCAUCCGCCAAAAGACAAAAACAAUCCGAAUCCGAGGAAGAAGAUGGUCUCUUUCGUGAGCCCCCAUCAACAGACGACAUCAUGAGUCCGGACUCGGAAGAGGAGGAAUCCUGGCUCCUCGGAAGAACUGAAGAAGAGGCCGCUAAGAUGUGGCAUAAAUACAGCAGUCAGAUCAAGGAGAGCGGGGGUUUUGAUGUUGAUGAGGAUGCGUAUCCUGGAGGCUCCUUUGCUAUGUACGUGCCUUGCCCAGAAUUCAGGGAGGAUGAGGGAUGCUACGACUUAGUGAAGAAAAUGGCACGUGAGGCGGUGAAGAUCUUCAAGGAUGAUCGGGGCAAACAGUAUGAACUUGUGGAUGUUGAGAAAGUCGUUUGGACCCUCAAUCGUCUGUUUUUUAUCACCUUUAAAGCCAAGCAACUUGAUGCCCCCUCUGAUGCCAAAGCUGAUGAUGAUGUGAAGACAAUGCAAGCGGUCGUUGCCGAUUGCAUCACCCAUUUCCCCGUCCAAAGUUGCAGGAUUAAACCAACUAACUAG